AUGCCGGCUUGGAGAAUCUACCACCCGACUGGGACAUUCACCGAACCCAGUCACAGAGAGGAACUUUCAGAGGCGAUUACUUCGAUAUAUACACGUGCUGGAAUCCCACCCUUCUAUGUUGUUGUCUUAUUCAUGGAGAUGCCUGCUGGCACUAUGUACCGAGGCGGAGUUUCAUGUUCGACAGAAGGUGUGAAGCCUUUUAUUAGGCUUAUAUUUAGCCAUAUCGCCAGGCACUUUCCUCCUGGCGAGAGUCCGGAGAGGACUCGUUUUAUGAAUACCGUCCACGAGACCUUGAAGCCGCACAUUGCAGACAAAGGUUACAAAUGGGAGGUCAGUGGUGAGGAACUUGAGCGCGAAUUUCUGCGUAUCGAUGGUUUCACGAUUCCUCCUACCGGCUCUGAGGAUGAGAAGAAGUGGUUCCGUGACAAUGAAGCAUCUCCUUGGGGGCCUUAUCUCACAGACUAG